AUGUCGACCGAAAUGGAAUACACCCGUCUGGGCAAGUCAGGUCUAAAGAUCUCCAAGAUUGUCCUAGGCACAAUGGGUUUCGGAAGUAGUCAAUGGCAGGAUUGGGUCCAAGACGAAGAAGAAUCUAUCGCGCUGAUCGAGCACGCCUACAAGAAGGGCAUCAACACUUGGGACACCGCUGACGUCUACUCCCACGGUCGAUCCGAGAUCGUCGUUGGCAAUGCUCUCAAGAAGCUCAACAUCCCCCUGCUUCUACGGCGUCGACGACGAAGGCAACUUCCCCCGAUCGCAGCCUCCACCCGCAACCAUGGUAGCUUCGUCAACCGCGUCGGUCUUUCGCGCAAGCACAUCCUCGAAGCUGUCGACGCUAGUGUCGAGCGUCUCGGUACCUAUAUCGAUGUCCUGCAGAUCCACCGUCUAGAUCGCGAAACCCCCCGCGAGGAGAUCAUGAAGGCACUCAAUGAUGUGGUUGAAAGUGGCAAGGUCCGCUACAUCGGCGCCAGCUCGAUGGCUGCAUGGGAGUUCCAAUCUCUGCAAAAUAUCGCCGCCCGUAAUGGCUGGCACCAAUUUAUCUCCAUGCAGAACUACCACAAUCUAAUCGCACGCGAAGAAGAGCGCGAAAUGAUCCCAUACUGUCUCGACGCCGGCAUCGGUCUCAUCCCCUGGUCACCAAUGGCCCGUGGAGUCCUAACCCGGCCAUGGGGCACACGCACCAGCGUGCGCGAAAAAACAGACGGUACGCUGAAGGGCCUUAUCCGCGCGCGCGAGACAGAAACUGACAAGGCUAUUGUGGACCGCGUCGAGGAGAUUGCUGGUAAGAAGGGCGUUAGUAUGGCGCAGAUCGCGCUGGCUUGGUCGCUUAGCCAUAAGAAUGAGUGCCCAAUUGUUGGGCUGAAUAGCGUUGCGCGGAUUGAUGAGGCUGUUGAUUCUUUGAAGGUGGUGUUAUCGGCUGAAGAAAUUACAUAUCUUGAGGAGCUUUAUGCUCCUAAGGGUAUUCAUCCUGUUGAGCGGUAG